AUGGCAGAGUACAAGCCUUACCGUUAUGGGCUCAUCGUCCUGGGGCUCGUGUUGGUGGCUCUGGGUGUCUUCUUAAUGGCUGUUGAGGAGCCACAAGUGUUCGCCACUUUCUGUGCCAUGGGGGCACUGAUAUCAGGUAUUGGGACAGUGUGGAGUGUGUGCCAGUGCUACCCAAAGGUCACGUUUGUACUGCCAGAGCAGGAAAUGCAGAGUAAUGCUGAGAAACAGGAGCUAUGUCCUGAAGCCAAGGUCUUGCAGGUCAGUGACAGCUCGACAGAACCCAUCAAGGCUCCCUUGGCAGAUUUUGGUGAACUAGAGAUUGUUGAAAAAGAUGAAACUGUCUUACUAGCCCAGACAGAAAAAUCACCUGAGAUCAGAGUAAGCUCUCCCAGCAUGCAGUGGUCCUGCUCUAAUACACCUUACCCAGACAGCACGGAUGCACAAUCCGAAACUGAUCUCUACUACGGAGAAGUGGAAGAUACCUGCAAGGUCACACUAGAUCUUGAUAGCGAAUAGCUAGUUUGCAGUGAUUUUUAAACUAAGGAAUGUAUGUGAUUUUGUAUGCAAUAUUGUGUAAAUAAUUAAUGCAAAGUGACACCAGUACACACGACUCUGUACUUUAAAGCAAUCAUAUAAUAUAAAUGGGAGCUG